AUGACCGCCGACCAGCUGCCAGUCGAACUCGUCGACUUUAUCCUCGCGCAUGCCGCCUCGUCCUGCACCUUCCCGCCCCACGAAUCCCCCAGCAAUCCGGCAGUACCUUCGCCGUACACCCUUCUGCGAUCCUGCGCCCUCGUCUCCUCCGUAUGGCGCGCAGCAGCCCAGCCCCGGCUCUUCUCCUUCGUCCGGCUCCACUCGCUCGAGACGCAAUGCCCACUCCUCCGCGAAACCCUCGCUGCGCGGGACGACCUUGCUCACAGCGUCAAGACUGUGCGGCUCGAAGGAGAUUUCGACGAAGUCGACGAUCGCGGCGUCUCGUCGGUGCUCGCCCGAUGUACCGGCUUGACAACCUUCGUCCUCGAAGGCCGGUGGCUCGAUUUGCGCAUUCUGCUGGAUCAGGUCGCGAGGCAAACGCUGGCCAAUCUUCGCAUCGUACUCGAACCUCACGCCGCAUGGACCAUUCACCCAAUUCGACCGCUGCCAACCUCGCUUGAGGAUAUCUCCAUAUCGGCUUCCGCCCUAGCCCUCUUCACCGACCCUCACGACGCACGCGCGCGGGGCGUCUCCCUCCCUCGUCCCCUCACCUGGUUAAGCGACACAACUCGUUAUCUCACCGUGACGGACUCUUUCGACGAGGAUGACUGGCUUGAUUGGGCGUACUUGACGCUGCGCGAACCCAGCGAUAUCUCGCUACAAUGGCCAUGCGAGUCGCUUAUCGGCAUCAACGCUUCCGUCGGUUCCAAGUUUGCGAUCGAGCAACUCUUCCCUUCCAGCGCACCUUCCGUCAAACGCCUACCUGUCAUCUGGCACGUCGCAUGGCAGGCCUUUGUCGACUACAUGCCGCCCUGGCGCGACUUCGCUCCUCCCCCACACCCAUCCCUCGCUCAACCUCACUCUCACCACCUUACCGCUCUCUACAUUCUCCCGCUUCCUUACUCGCCUAUCCCUCCGCACUUCCUCGACGAGCUCGCGUCCCGUGUCGGACCGAACGGCGACCCUUCGCUCGAACAGCUCGAAACGGUCUUCCUCGACAAGCAGUGGAAGGUGUUGUUCCGCGGGCGGGCGGGACUUCCCGGUCGAAGUGGACGGCAAGUGGAGAUUGUCUUCGUCGGCGGCGUGCUGAACGAGGAGGAGGUGGUGGUUGGCGGCGGGGUCGGGAAGGAGGACGUUGGCUUUCCUGAGGAGAUGAAGCGGUGGGCGACGAUGCGCCGGCAGGACACGCGGGCGCCUUGA